AUGAUAGAAGAAGACUUUAGAUUACCGUCUGAGCUUUCACUAGGGUCGGCUGAUAUCAGAAUCCUGAUUGAUGAUGAAACAAAUAGUGGAACUUUACCUCGAAAACCAGCGUCAGAAUAUGAAGCAUUUGACAAGUUGAAGAGGUCUGUUGAAGAGUGCCCGAACGACUUAAAAAGAUGGGACAAAGUUUUCGUAGCCCUUGAUGAUAAGUUUGAGCAAUUAUAUGACCCAGACCAAUCAACCAAACCAGAAAAUGGUAGUGAUAUCGAUUCAAAGUUUAAAGAAUACGUGAGAGUGAUUUAUCAAGACUUACUCAAUAGAUUCCCAUACUUAUCAGAAUACUGGAAAAAGUAUCUGAUUCUUGAGUAUAAAUUGAAUGGAAUACAAUCUUCAAUAGAUGUCCUUGAAGAUUCAGUUAGACAAUUCCCACACAGUAUUGAUCUUUGGUCAGAUUAUUUAAGCGCUCUCAUAUCGCAAUACGAAUUGAUAGAGGAUACUUCUAAGAGAGAAGAACAAAUUAAGUUCAUUAAAGGCCAAUUUGGUUUAUGUUUAGACAAAAAUGGUUUGCAUUUCAACUCAGAUCCUCUAUGGGAUAGUUAUAUUAACUUUGAAAAAUCAUUAAACGAAAACCAAGAAUCUUCUAAAGAUAUUUUACGGAUAUAUUUAAAAUUAAUCCGAAUUCCUCUCUACCAAUAUGCUCAAUAUUUUAACAGUUUUGUUGAAAUAAAUAAAAGCUUCGAGAUAAGUGAAAUAAUUGAAGGAGAUGACUUGUCCGAGUACCUACAAAAAUUUCAAAAGACCAGCAUAGAUGAACUUUCUCUUAUUGAAAAACAUCAAAUUAUCGAUGAUUACUCAUAUGCUGUUUUCACCAAGACUCAACAGGCUGUCAAUGAUAAAUGGACUUUUGAAAGCUCUCUUACUAUUCAAGGCUUCAAUAUUCUUGAUUUAGACUCUACUGAGCAAGAAACAGAAAAAUGGAAUUCUUACUUGAACUACGAAAUAAAUAAUUUGAAAAAACUUGAGUCUUCAAAAGAAAAGGAAAAGCAGUUUCAAUUCGAUAUAAUUAUUGAGUUAUUUGAGCGCUCUUUGAUCCCUAAUUGCCUCUUCAAUAAAAGUUGGUUAAAAUACCUUGCAUUCAUAUCCAUAUUCCAAGAAGAAUCUGAUUCAAAGUACGCGAGAAUAAAAGGUAUUUACGAUAGAGCAGUCAGCAAAUUCAUACCACUUAACGAGACUUAUUUCAGAUUUACUUGUGUUGAUUUCUUAAUGAAAUACGAUAAAUUUGAAAUUGCCAAUGAAUAUUUAUUCGAUUUAAUCAAACUAUACUUAGGUCAAACAAACAAUAAAAUGUACCAUCAGAGGGAAUACCUUUUAUCGGUAAGAGAGCUUUUGAAAUUAUGGUCUAAUUAUGUACCCUCUUCAGUGAUUAUUUCUACUUUAGAUGACAUCAUCACUUCAUAUUUUGAUGAAGUUGAUCGCUACAAGUCUAAAACCAAUGAAGAAACUUCAAAAUACGAAUUCAAACCAGCAUAUGUAUCCACUUUGGAAAACCUUUUGAAUGAUCAGUCUAUUUGCAUAAUCAUCUCGGAAUACCUUGAAUAUUUGAAACUAUAUCCUGACUCUUCUAAUCCAACUAAGAUUCGAGAAUUUUUCAAUAAAUAUUUCCAAGUGAAUGCGGUAGCCAAAUCUACAUUUUUCUGGAAAUUUUUUGUUGAAUACGAAGGUAUGAUACAACACAACAUGACUAAUUUAAAGCGGAUCAUUAGCUUUAUGAAAUCAUAUUCUUCCCUACCAAAAUCUGUGGUUGAUGCGUUGCUUGAUUUAAACUACGAGAUCAUAUCGGCAAACUAUGCUCAAACUUUGAAAGAGUCAAAUGGCUUUCCUGAAGAAUCUAUAAUAUCUUAUAAUUGUGAUAUAUCUAAUUCAGUUGUAAUGAAUAAAUCGGCUGGCGAACGAAUAAUUCAUAAUAAUCAUUUCAUACAUUCAGAUAUAGAGACUAGAUUAAGCAGAGGUCGCCAGCAAACUCCAUCGGAUACGAAAGAAAGUUUAUUGCGAUUAGCUAGAAAGCAAGCCGACAGUCCAGGUCUUUUCAGAGACUUUACGCCCGAAAUCACAAAUAAAAUCGAAGAUAAAUGGAUUCCUUUAAAUACUUCUGAGAUCGAAACUCCUCCUUUACCCACGUUCAAGAAUGUGGAAAAAGCAGCAUCAUCAUUUACACAUCCAAAGUAA